AUUAUUUCUAAAGUAAUAAUUUAUAUGAAAUUGAUAGCGCACUGUACUUCAUACGAGGGAGCAAUCAUCAAUCAUAAACGCAGCCGUAGGAAGGUCACUGGGAAAGAGAAAAAAGAACUCUUAAAACCCUUCCCUCUCUCUUUCUCCUUCGUCAAACCCUAUUCCUCUCGAAAAUAUUUCUCAAGGGUUUUGAAUCCCAGUCGAGACCCAGGGUUUUCCACAGACCAACAGUUUUUCUAUCCAUCAUCAAUGGCGGACGACGAUUACAAUGACCUUGACAUGGGAUACGAAGAUGAGCCACCAGAACCUGAGAUUGAGGAAGGUGCUGAAGAAGAAUUGGAUACUAACAAUGAUGAUGUUCCUGGUGAACCCGUUGAAGCGGAGGAAAAGGAAGAUGAAGAACCUGUUGAACGUGUGCGUAAAACCUCAAAAUUUAUGACUAAGUAUGAACGUGCUAGAAUUUUGGGUACACGCGCCCUCCAAAUCAGCAUGAAUGCUCCUGUGAUGGUUGAAUUGGAGGGUGAGACUGAUCCACUUGAGAUUGCAAUGAAGGAACUUCGUGAGCGGAAGAUACCUUUCACCAUCCGUCGUUACUUGCCAGAUGGAAGUUAUGAAGACUGGGGCGUUGAUGAACUGAUUGUGGAAGACUCUUGGAAGAGGCAAGUUGGUGGUGCUUGAAUUUUGAUGUUCUUGUGAGAUAAUAGCUUCUGUUAAUUGCAUAGCCGAUCUGUUCGCUCCUUUAAUCAACUUGUGAGUGUCUUGGUUGUUGCAUAACUAAUCUAUAAUAUUGGAAUGAAAUCACUUUUGAGAACCAAA